AUGGCGAACUUGAAGGACAUAAAUGAGCCAUUCUACGUGCGAUACUACUCUGGCCAUUCCGGCAGAUUUGGCCAUGAAUUUCUAGAGUUUGACUUCAGAGUGAUUGGAGACGGCCGCAGUGCCACAGCGAGAUAUGCAAACAACUCCAAUUAUCGCAAUGAUUCCCUCAUUCGCAAAGAGAUGUGUGUGAGCUCUCUCCUCGUUUCCGAAAUCAAGCGCAUCAUCAAAGACAGCGAGAUCAUGAAGGAGGACGAUUCCCGAUGGCCACAAAAGAACAAAGAUGGGAGACAAGAGCUGGAGAUCAGGUUAGGAAACGAUCACAUUCAAUUUGAGACGGCGAAGAUUGGUUCUCUGGGAGACGUGACGGAUUCAGCCGACCCAGAAGGACUGCGCGUGUUCUAUUACCUGGUGCAGGAUCUCAAAGCUUUGGUCUUCUCUCUGAUAUCUCUCCACUUCAAGAUCAAACCCAUCUAA